GAGUUUCUCGUUUUAGUUGGGGUUUUGGAGAACUGUAGGCCUGUAGCAACCAGCAAGUGAGAGCAUUGUAGAGGUUUAUACUCAAUGUUGCAAUGGCGGAUAGGCAGAUUAAGCUACAAAUUAAAACUACGGAGAUUAUCAACUUCAACCGGAUCAAAAUUUGAAGAUGAAGGUUCUUGGUCUUAUUCUUCUCAGUGGUGGGGCUCCGAUUCCGAUCACCAUUCCCACUCUAUUUUCCGAGCUACCUCUCUCCAUGGAAACGGUGUCAUUUCCGUCCUUGCUUACCCUUCUUCCACACCCGCUGCAAAUCGUUGGCUGAAAACAGAAGAAUGGCUCCGGAAAAGAUAUGCAGAAGUAUGUUCAGAUGCAAAACAUGACGAAUGCUUCAAAGUACUUGGUUACCAGUGGCGUGUGCUUCGAUUUAACGAUGUCACACGCCAGAGUGCUGUAAAAAUUAUGGCAGCUUCAAAAGUAUCGGAUCCUAGUUCAGUAUACUACAUGCAGCAACCUCAUGUUUUGGCUGUUCCCUAUACAAAAAGUAUGAUAGCGGCUGGAUUCACUGCAUUAUCAUCUACUAAUUACGAUCUCGUGAAUGCAAUCACUGGAAAGAAAACAAUGCGCGUCUUAUGUGUAGGUCAUGGUGGAGGAAGUUUGCCAUUAUUUAUCGCUUCUAAAAUUCAAGGUGCUGUUGUUGACAUUGUUGAAAUAGACCCUCUUGUUAUUUCAACAUCAAUACAAACAAUGGGUUUUCCAUCGUUCUCAGUUGCAGUUCCGUCAGGUUGCCAUGCUCUGUCAACACCCAAUACAAUGGAUGAAGUUGUAUGGAAAGGUGUCCAUGAGAGACUUUUCCUCUAUGAAUCGGAUGCAGAGAAGUUCAUCCUCAACACAAAAAAUAUAUAUGAUAUUGCCUUCAUUGAUGCAUAUGAUGGAGAUGAUAUAUUUCCUCUCAAGCUAUGGGACGCAGAUUCUCCUUUCCUUGUAGCCCUUGGUAACAGACUUGAUCCUAAUCAUGGCACCGUAGUAGUGAAUCUUCAUUCUGAUGAUGAUGUACAUAGUGCUGAUGCACCAGUAUCUCCUCUUCAUCAGCCAAUUCUGCCUAUGGGUAAAUAUGUUUCUGGAGUCUGCCGAGCAUACAAGGAUAUGAUGGUGGAUAAGGAAAGCUCCUUUAGUAGACCUGGAGUGGGGUUCACGGUUUCAGUUCCCUGGGUGUGUAAUACGACCCUUGUUGUUUGUAGAGGUUUUGGUGUGGCAGACCAAGAUUUUGUUUCGAAUUCCCUCAUGUCCAAGUCUCUUGAGGUGGACAUGGAUUUAAACAUGCCAUUCUCAUGUUUACCAUAUGUUAAAAGAGGUUUCCGUCUUCUUGGUUGAUAGAUAACUUUUCCGUUGUGAAAGGUUGUGAUGUUCUUCAGAAGCAUUUUCCUUAAGAUUGCAGGAAAGCUGCAAGAUUAUAUUUGAACACAUGCUCAGAAGCUUUAAAUUCCGGUCUAGUUAUGAUAUAUAUGCGGUAUCUGUUCUUGUCAGGUGGUAAACAGCCAAUGAGAAAGACGGCACUGGAUGGAUAUUUACAGUAAAUUGUGCAGUGGAACUCUCCGAGCGCCUUUAUGGCUAACAUGCUGCAGUUAUACACUUAUACUAGCUGGAUGCAUAUAAUCCGAUUGUGAUCUGCCUAAUUGCUGUAUAUAAAAUCACCUUGCUUUUGUGAGCCGCCAUUUUUAUUAAUCUGAUUGAAUAGGAUGGCUUUUCAUGCACCACUUUCUGACUGAGUCACUGAGAUCUUUAACUAGUUGAUGCUCUUGAUGGUCUGUAAUUUGCUCAUUCAUACUGCAAACAUGUUAAAUAACUUCUAUCCCCCAUACCAAAAGAAUAGGCUACAUCUAUGUUUCGAUUUGUCCUUAA